GAUGAAUUUUAUUCUUGCCACUGACAAAGGAAUCUUUUACACCUUCCGCUUUUGUAUUGGAACUGGAAGCAGAAAUGAAUCAUAAUCCCAAGAACAUGGUUGUCGUGAUAAGUGUCUUAUAACGAGUCCCAUUAAACGUCAUUAUGGUAAAGAAUGAAGAUUAAAGAAUUUAUCUAGGAGACUCCUGACUGCAAAAAAUGGAGCUACAUCUAUUUUCUCUUCUGCUGGUCAAGUGUCUUCUUCAUUUGAUUCUUUGUGACAAAGAAAUACUGCAAGCAACAGAUGCACUAAAGUGGUCGGAGAAGGGAACUUCCGAGAAUCUGGAAAACAAUGUGGCCCACAGCAGGGUCCACAGCCCUCUACGUCUGUUUGUCAAGCAAUCGGCUCUCCAACGGCAAGGCCAGCUCUCCUACUUUGACACCACAGAGCACUUCUGGAACUGGCUCGCCAACAUCACCGACGCCCAAGAGUCCCUAGUACGAACUAAACGGAGGCCUAUAGUUAAAACUGGAAAGUUUAAAAAAAUGUUUGGCUGGGGGGAUUUUCACUCCAAUAUUAAAACUGUCAAGUUGAACCUGCUCAUCACGGGCAAAAUCGUAGACCAUGGAAAUGGCACCUUCAGCGUUUACUUUCGCCAUAACUCCACAGGGCUCGGAAAUGUUUCUGUGAGUCUCGUUCCACCCUCCAAGGUGGUGGAGUUUGAACCUUCUGCUCAGUCUACCCUAGAGAGCAAAGACGCCAAGUCCUUCAAUUGCCGGAUUGAGUAUGAGAAAACGGACAGGGCCAAGAAGACAGCUUUGUGCAACUUUGAUCCUUCUAAAAUCUGUUACCAAGAACAAACCCAGAGCCACGUAUCCUGGUUGUGUUCCAAGCCCUUUAAAGUUAUUUGCAUAUAUAUUGCUUUCUUCAGCAUUGACUAUAAACUUGUGCAAAAAGUUUGUCCUGAUUAUAAUUACCAUAGCGAGACACCCUAUUUGUCAUCUGGUUGAAGAACUUGUGUUGAUAAAACUAGAGUACCCUAUCAACAAUUGUCAGGGAAGACUUUAUGUAUAAAACAAACUUUGUGCUUCAACAAAUAAUCUUUCUUUUCCCGGAGUCCAUGUAACCCGUGUUAGAAUUGCAUAAUACAUUUUGGUUUAGUAACGUU